UCGUUACCAUACCGACCAUCUGUGUAAAAUUUGGUGUCGGGUGAUUGGUUAAAGACAGAGAUCCCAGCGGGGCAGGGCGGUGCCGGGAUCUCCUGUAUGGCCCACACAGCUGCUGCAUGGAGGCAGAGAACCAACUGGAAGCUGUUCAUUGAUUCAACCCAGCAGCACAGCCUAGCCCUGCGUUAGCCUGCAUGAGCACCACCACUGUUAGCUAGCUUGUCAUCCAGCUGGUUUGCCAUUGCUGCGGCUUUCCAAACUAAAAUGGCACAGUUAUAGCUUCAGAAGGGGGCUGCCCAACAUGUGAGAGUCUGCCUGCAUUAUCACAACCAGCAGGGAAUCCGACAAUCACCAGGGGAGCAGCGGACGUGGUGGCUUCGCAAUAAGGAUCAUGUGGGGGGCCUGGCCAUUCCUGCCUGCCCUGGUGCUUCUCUCAGAGCUCUCUGUGGUGAGAGUUCAGACUGCACCAUGCCAGACCUGCCGAAAACUCACAGAGAGUUUCAUCAAGGGCUUUGAGAAAACAGCAAACAAGAACUUUGGGGGAGGUAACACUGCCUGGGAAGAAGAAAAGUUGGCCAAGUAUGCACGCAGUGAGACCCGGCUCCUAGAGAUCGUAGAAGGUGCUUGUGAGAAAACAGAUUUUGAAUGUAACCAGUUGCUGGAGCAGAUAGAGGACCAAGUAGAGACAUGGUGGUUCCACAGGCAGCAAGAGGCCCCGGACUUGUCUGAGUGGCUAUGCAUAGAGGAGCUGAGACUCUGUUGUCCACCUGGAUGCUUUGGACCUGAGUGCAAAGAGUGUCCAUCUGGCCCUGGUGGUGUCUGUGGAGGUCUGGGCCGCUGUGAAGGAGAGGGGACUCGCCUCGGAGAUGGAGAGUGUGUCUGUGAUCCUGGGUACUCGGGAGGUCUGUGCCAGAGCUGUGCUGAUGGUUACUUCAGGGAGAAAAGUUCCAACAACAGCGCCGGAGCCUGUGCAGCUUGCUACCACUCGUGUAAGAAAUGCGCAGGGCCUCAAGACUACAAAUGCCUUGACUGCAAAUCUGGCUGGAUCCUUCAUGACAACAAGUGCGUGGACAUUGAUGAGUGUGGCACAGAGCUGGCCCGUUGUGCUUCCAACACCUACUGUCACAACACUGAUGGAUCAUAUGAAUGCAGAGGCUGUGACCAGGCUUGUGUUGGCUGCAUGGGUAGUGGUCCUGCUCGCUGUAAGAAAUGUUCACGUGGGUACAGACUGAAAGGAGCUAAGUGUCUUGAUAUUGAUGAAUGUAAUGAACGUGCAAUAGCAUGCCCAGGACUCAAUGAGGCCUGCACCAAUGAGGAAGGCUCCUUCCACUGUGACUGUGCUGAAGGAUUCAUUAGAAGAGACAGCAUUUGUGUGGAGAAUAAGCCUCCUGUUGACCCCGACAAGGGUCUGUUUGACGACAUGACAGAUGACGAGGUUCUCGUGCUGCAACAGAUGUUCUUUGGAGUUGUAAUCUGUGCCCUCGCUACGCUCGCUGCUAAGGGCGACAUGGUUUUCACAGCCAUUUUUAUUGGAGGUGUGGCUGCUAUGGCGGGAUACUGGCUGACAGAAAAGGGAGACUAUAUGCUUGACGGAUUUCUGAAAGGACGCUAGGCCAUCAUGGGCCACAAUCUUUGGGAAAAGACCUCCAAAAAACCAGCCACUCAAAGGGCAAGAGCAUAUCCCUACUAUGCUAGAUUUUCAGGGAUUUCUUUGGGAUCGGGGAGUUCCUUGAAAGGGCUUUGAUUCAUUUAUGUUUUUAAGAUAAUGCUGGAAAAUGAGAACUUGAAGGCUAUGAAGCCUUGAAGAGGAAUAUCAAAGCACCACUGCACUGAUUUAAAGGCACUGAACCGAAUACCCUACCUCAACUUUGUUGGGAACAAAGGGUGAAAUGAAGACCAUGACUGAUUGUUAAAAUCUAUAAUGCAUUUUGAUGUCUCAUUUGGUGUUGAUGUUGCUCAAGAAUGAUGUUGUUUACUUACACACAAUCCAAAACUACAGUCAUCACUUCAGGUGUUUUUGUUGUAUCAUUGCUUUUAAGCAGAGGCCAUCAACUGAGAAGUGUUGGCUGUGUCAGGUCACUGACACACCUACGCUUCUUCAACGGGCAUGGGAAAAGAGAAGGGAACUUUUGUUAACUCUGGGAUGUUUUGGUUACGACACGCUGGUAAGUUAUGUUCACUGAAUGACUUUUUACCUCCUAAUGUACUGAAUGAUUCUUUUUAGUAAUAAUGCAUGAAAAUAGGAUUUGAAAUUAAAGGUACUACACUGUA